CCCCCUCAGACUUUCCACUGCGAAGCGAAACCGACUCUCCCCUGUCCCUCUUCCCCCAGGUUCUCUUCCUCCACCUUCCACUUUGCAGAACCUCCCUUUCAUCAGGCUGUCUCUCCCCACUUUCUGACCUCUUCCCUUUGGAGGGCUCAUUGUGGCCCGCGCCCAGAGGGAUAUGGGGGAGGCCCAGUUCCGCCGGGUCUGGCUGCUUCUGCCACUGCUGUGGGUGGCUCCAGUGGAGGCACCAGGACCUGGGGAAGAGAUCCCGGAGGUGUGGGCCCAGGAGGGAGCUCCUGCCCAGCUUCCCUGCAGCUCCACAAUCCCCCUCCAGGAUCCCAGCCUUCUUCGGAUAGGAGGGGUCACUUGGCAGCAUCUACCGGACAGCCGGCCACCGGCCCGCGGCUCGCGCCCCGUAGCGCCCACCCCCUACACUGUGCUGAGGCGGGUUCCCGGGGGCCUGCGCAGCGGGCGGCCGCCGCUGCAGCCCCGCGUGAAGCUGGAAGAGCGCGGCUUCCAGCGCGGGGACUUCUCGCUUUGGCUGCGCCCGGCCUUACGCACCGACGCCGGCGAGUACAGCGCCGCCGUGAACCUCAAAGACCGAGCCCUCACCUGCCGCCUCCGUCUGCGCGUGGGCCAGGCCUGGGUGACUGCCACCCCCGGGUCUGUCAGGGCCUCCGAUUGGGUCGUUCUGAACUGCUCCUUCAGCCGCCCGGACGUCCCAGCCUCUGUGCACUGGUUCCGGGGCCCAGGCAGAGUUCCUAUUCAGGAGUCCCCCCAUCACCACUUGGUUGGAAGCUUCCUCUUCCUGCCCCAAGUCAGCCCCUCAGAUUCUGGGCCCUGGGGCUGCAUCCUCGCCUACAGAGAUGGCUUCAAUGUCUCCAGCACAUACAGCCUCACUGUUCUGGCUCCGGAGCCGCCCAUCCCUCUGACUGUGUAUGCAGGAGCAGGUUCCCGGGUGGAGCUGCCUUGCCAACUGCCUCCUGGUGUAAGGACCCAGUCUUCCCUCACUGCCAGGUGGACCCCUCCUGGUGCAGGCGCUGACCUGCUGGUGGCCGGAGACAAUGGCAACUUUACCCUUCAACUAGAGGCUGUGAGCCAGGCCCAGGCUGGGACCUACACCUGCUGCAUCCAUCUGCAGGGGCAGCAGCUUAGUACCACCGUCACCUUGGCCGUCAUCACAGUGACUCCCAAAUCCUCUGGGUUACCUGGCAACCUGAGAAAACUGCUUUGUGAGGUGACUCCGGCAUCUGGACAAGAGCGCUUUGUGUGGAGCCCCCUGGACAAGCGGUCUUGGAGUUCUCCAGGACCCUGGCUGGAGGUGCAGAAGGCCAGCCUCCUUUCUCAGCCGUGGCAGUGCCACCUGUACAAGGGGGAGAGGCUUCUCGGUACAGCCGUAUACUUCACGGAGCUCUCUGGCACAGGUGCCCAGCACUCUGAGAGAGCCCCGGGUGCCCUGAAAUCAGGCCAUCACCCUCUCUUUCUCACCGCUGGUGUCCUCUUUUUCCUUUUGGUGAUUGGAGCCUUUGCCUUUUACCUUUGGAGAAAACAGUGGCAACCAAGAAGAUUCUCUGCUUUAGAGCGUGGGAUUCACCCACCUCAGGCUCAGAGCAAGGUAGAGGAUCUGGAGCAAGAACCAGAGGCAGCGCCAGAGCCAGGGCCGGAGCCAGACCUGGAGCUGGAGCUGGAGCCGGAGCCUGAGUCCUGGCCACAGCAGCCCUGACCUGGAGCUGAAGCAGCCAGCGGAUCUCUGUGAUUCAGUUCAAAUAAACUCCCAUC